ACGAACUUUCGGCUCCUCAAAUAUAAAAGAUCAUGAGAUUGCUAUUUUGAUUAGUCAUCCGGUCAGUUUCAUGUUAAAUCGGAGUAAUCUGCCCCAGUUAGAAAGAAUUCGGUUUGUAAAUUAUACAGUUUUCAAACGGCUAUCAGAGAUGAUGGUCAGCAAAGACGUGCCCGAUGUCGAAAAUCUUCUACAGUUAAAUCCUAAGAUAAAACCAUUCGCGAGUCUUGUACCCUCGACGCAUACCAAACAAAUUAAAAAGAAGUGGAAGAGAAAUGUUAAUGAAAAAUGCGAUAAAUGUCCACUGUUGAAAAAUUUUGAUGAUGUAAAACCGACGACGUUGGGCGAACGUGGCGCAUUAAAGGAAGCUGCGCGUUGUUUGAAAUGUACCGACGCGCCUUGCCAAAAAUCAUGUCCAACCCAAAUAGACAUCAAGUCGUUUAUUACUUCUAUUUCGAACAAAAAUUAUUACGGGGCAGCAAAGACCAUUCUAUCGGACAAUCCUCUAGGUCUCACUUGCGGCAUGAUUUGCCCGACUAGCGAUCUUUGUGUGGGUGGAUGCAAUUUGCAUGCGUCCGAAGAAGGGCCCAUCAAUAUCGGCGGCCUUCAACAAUUCGCCACAGACAUCUUCAAACGGAUGAAUAUUCCGCAAACUAGAAUCCCCGGACAAACUGUUCCCCAUGCCACCACGAAGAUUGCCUUGCUUGGCUGUGGUCCGGCUUCUCUGUCGUGUGCAACUUUCCUUGCCCGCCUGGGCUACGAAAACAUCACGAUCUUCGAGAAGGAAAAUUACAUGGGCGGUUUGAGCUCCUCAGAAAUUCCACAAUAUCGAUUACCGUACGAUGUCGUUAACUUUGAGAUUGAUCUCGUCAAAGAUUUAGGAGUAAAAAUCGAAUUCUGCAGAUCGUUGUCCGAGAACGAUUUGACGAUAGAGGUUCUUCAAAAUACCGGUUACAAAGCAAUCUUUUUAGGGAUCGGUCUUCCAGAUGCAAAGACCGAUCCAGUUUUCUCGGAGCUGACAGAAGAAAUGGGUUUUUUUACAUCGAAGACCUUUUUGCCGAGAGUAACUAAGGGUAGUAAGCCAGGAAUGUGCGCGUGCAAAAACAAUCAGUUACCGUCUCUGUGGGGAACUGUCAUUGUCCUCGGAAGUGGUGACACGGCUUUCGACUGUGCCAGUUCUGCACUAAGAUGCGGCGCAAAGAAAGUCUUUGUAGUCUUUCGGAGAGGAUUUACAAAUAUCCGAGCUGUAUCGGAAGAGAUGGAUAUAGCGAAGAAAGAGAAAUGUGAGUUCAUUCCCUUUCUAUCAUCAAAGCGCGUAAUCAUUCGAAGCGGAAGGAUAAUUGCAAUUGAGUUUUGUCGGACAGAGCAAAAGGAAAGCGGCGAGUGGAUAGAAGACGAGGAACAAGUUUGUCGACUGAAAGCAGACUUCGUCAUAACCGCUUUCGGUUCGGGAUUGCAAGAUCCGUCUGUUACGCGAGCGAUGGCGCCCGUUAAGAUGAACAAGUGGGGCUUACCGGAAGUAAACGCGGAGACCAUGAGUACCUCGGUACCCGGCGUGUUUUGCGGCGGAGACUUGGCCGGCGUUGCUCAAACCUCUGUGGAAUCUGUAAAUGAUGGAAAGACAGCCGCCUGGUGUAUUCAUAAAUAUAUUCAGAAUUCUUAUAAUUUGGAUCUGCCAGAAGAACCGCAAUUACCUAAAUUCCACACUCCAAUUGACGACGUUGAUUUGUCUGUUGAAAUGUGCGGUAUGAGAUUCGAAAACCCCUUCGGUCUGGCCUCUGCACCACCCUGCACCACUAGUGCCAUGAUCCGUCGAGCUUUCGAAGCUGGCUGGAGCUUCGCCGUUACGAAAACAUUUUCUUUGGAUAAAGACCUCGUUACAAACGUAUCUCCACGGAUAGUUAAAGGAACCACUUCGAGGCACCAUUAUGGUCCGGAGCAGGGCAGCUUCUUGAAUAUCGAAGUGAUAUCCGAGAAGACAGAAGCUUAUUGGUGCAAAAGCAUUACGGAAUUGAAGAGGGACUUUCCAUCCAAGAUUGUUAUUGCUAGUAUUAUGUGUACGUACAACAGAGCAGAUUGGACGGAAUUAGCUCAGAAGGCUGAAACAGCCGGUGCUGAUGCUCUGGAAUUGAAUUUGUCUUGUCCUCACGGGAUGGGAGAAUCUGGAAUGGGUUUAGCUUGCGGUCAGGAUCCAGAAUUGGUGAGAAAUAUUUCAAGAUGGGUUCGGGCAGCCAUAAAAGUACCAUUUUUCGUGAAGCUGACGCCAAAUAUUACUGACAUCCUUUCGAUAGCUACAGCAGCGUAUGAAGGUCAGGCUGACGGGGUGUCUACUAUAAAUACAGUACAGGGUUUGAUGGGGUUGCAUGCGGACGCGACGCCGUGGCCUGCCGUUGGCAUCAAGAGGGCGACAACUUACGGCGGCGUUUCGGGGAAUGCAGUUAGACCACAAGGUUUAAAAGCUGUUUCUUCCAUAUCACAAAAUUUACCGGGAUUUCCCAUACUUGGAAUUGGCGGCAUCGAUUCCGCAGACGUUGCUCUUCAAUUUUUGCACUGUGGAGCUUCAGUUCUACAGGUUUGCAGUGCUAUACAAAAUCAAGAUUUCACCGUGAUUGACGAUUACGUAACUGGUUUAAAAGCGUUAUUGUACUUGAAGAGUUUGAAUCAAGUGAAGGAUUGGGACGGACAGAGUCCACCCACGUUCAAGCACCAAAAGGGGAAACCGGUUGUAUUGCAGCAUGCUCUUGGCAAAAACAUACCAUAUUUUGGAGAGUAUCAAAAACUUCGGGAACAGAAGAUAGCUGAGAUCAAAGCCAAUUCAGAUCCGCUCGAUAUGCCCGUCGAAGUAACGAGACCAGUGCCGAAACCCGUAGCGCCUGUACCAACGAUAAAGGAUGUUGUUGGCAAAGCCUUGGAUCAUAUCACCGCGUUCAAAGAAUUAAAUAACAAAGAACAAGUGGUAGCGUUGAUAGAUGACGACAUGUGUAUAAAUUGCGGUAAGUGUUACAUGGCUUGCGCCGAUUCCGGUUAUCAGGCGAUCAAGUUCGAUCCUGAGACACAUAUACCAACAGUGACGGACGAUUGUACAGGCUGUAACCUGUGCCUUUCAGUGUGCCCUAUUAUCGAUUGUAUCACUAUGGUGCCCAAAACGAUACCCCACGUUAUUAAAAGAGGAAUUCCACCGCGAGGGAUGUUCGAAUUAACAGACCCGGUGAAUUAAUUGUUCUAUCAAAUCUGUAACACUAAUAUACCUAUUAUGUAAAUGGAACCAAAUGCAUGCUCAAAGAAUCUAUUUCGAUAUCUCUAUAAAAUAAAAUGAUAAACUUACUCUUUCCUA